AUGGCGGCCGGAGAAAAUGAGGAAAAUCAACCCCAAUCGGCCCUAACACCAAAGCUGCAGAAGGUUAUCUUCUUGCUCCGUGAUAACAAGAAUUUUUCAAAGUAUUACGAGCCAAGAGUUGUAUCUUUGGGUCCGAUCCAUCAUGGCAAGGAAAGGUACCGGUUGGGGGAGACAUACAAGCUCAAAUUGACCAAAGAUUUUGUUACAGAAAGUUGCGAGAACGUAAAUAUAGACGAUUUAUACAAGAAAAUAGAGCAGCAAAUCGAGGAACUCAGGGAAUGCUUCGAGGAAGAGGUGACGAAGCCCUACGAUAAUGGCGCCCUCGCCUGGAUACUGUUCGUGGACGGCUGCGCAGUACUGCAAUACAUAUACUACGCUGUUAACAACAAGUUCAAAGAGAAGAAUAUAAAAGACGACAGCGUAACCUUCUUCCAACAGGAUUUGUUCCUGCUGGAGAACCAACUUCCGUAUUGUCUCCUGAAGUCGUUGAUGAGCCUGAGCAAGAUGAGAGAAGAGUUCAUGAGUUCGAUUCAGAAUUUCAUUAAAAGAAACCACAACAUGGUACUAGAGGGUGGUCAGCAAUUAUCAGGAAAUGGAGAAGGAUCAGGGCCCCAGCCGCAGACCCAUCUUCUGGAUCUUCUGAGGACAAGCCUCUUGGGCCCGCCAGGGCGUCAGACACAAACUGAGAACGUACAAGAAAAUAGAACGAAGGAUCCAGAAUGGCAAUCCUACCGCAAUUUGCAGGAGCUUAAAGCAGCAGGAAUCAUCGUGGAAAGGAGUUGUAUUAAAACCGAUGACUCGACAGGGCCAAAGUUCUUGAACAUGAUAGCCUACGAAAUGUGUCCGGACUUCUACAAUGACUUCGGCAUCACCUCCUACAUAUCCUUCCUCGACUCGCUCAUCAAGGAAGACGGCGACGUCAAGGACCUGAGAAAAGCGCGAGUGCUGUGCAACGUCCUUGGCAACGACCAGGAAGUGGCUCAUCUAUUCAAUGAGAUGGGGACAGACUUGGUGCCAGACCUCGAGGCAUACAAGGAUGUCAAGUACAAGAUUCAGGAAUGCUACGACCACGGUGCUUGGAGGAGAUUCACAAUUGAGUUCUUUAACCAUCAUUUCCGCACCUCCUGGACGGGCAUCGCUUCUUUGGGUGCAUUGUUUGUGCUUUUUCUGGAAGUCACUCAGACUUGGUUUACAGUAUUCUCCCCUGACCAUUGCGAUGAUUUUUGCAAGAAAUUUACACAAAACUUAUGA